CCACUCUAAAUGAUCACCAGCUGCAUGGUUCCUCACCAAAGAAACAUUCUGAUGUGAUAAUCAACUCCACCAAAUAACUGAACAUGGAUCUAUAUAUCCAAUUACUCCUCGGUGUAUGCAGCCUAUUUAUUUCCUUCAUCUCGUGUGCACCGGGCAAUGGAUCACAAGAGUUCAGAAGAUUGGUCCGAUCGGUGGACAGGCCGUCACCCAUCGACUGUAGUCUGGGGCGGUGGAGCCCCUGGAGCCCCUGUAGCGCCUGCGCGGGGGAGACGUGGCGGUUCCGCAUCCUGGACAAAGCGUCUCAGUUCGGCGGCGCCCCGUGCCACGCUGCCGGCCAGCUGUGGGACAGGCGGGCGUGUCCCCCGCAGACCCUGCCCUGCAUGGUGGCCGACGUCUGUGGAGAGAGCUUCACCUGUGACGAGACAGAUCGCUGCAUCUCUCAGGACCUCCUGUGUAAUGGCGAGAACGACUGCGGGGAUGGGUCAGACGAGGACACCUGUGAGGUGGUCACCCUCCGGCAGGGCAAGUGCCCCACGCUGUGGGACAUCCCUGGGGCGGAGCGGGCCACACGGGGAUACAAUAUAUUGACAGGGGAAUUCAUGCUUCCUGUCCUCGACCAUCAAUACUUUGGAGGCCGGUGCGAAUACGUCUAUAACGGCGAAUGGAGGAAAUUCACCUACGACGCAAUGUGUGAGAACCUCAGUUACAACGAUGAAUUAAAGAACUUCAGAAAACCAUACAACUACCACACCUAUCGCUUUAUGGCCAAGGCGAGGGCGGAGGGUUCUUCCGAAUACUAUAGCAAUGCCGUGAGCCUAUUGAACGCCAGGAAAACGCACCAAUCCUCGAACUUCGGCUUCACGGUCGGAGUCUGCUAUGUGAAGGCCGGGCUGCAAAUGAGCGACGAGUCUGAGUUCCUUAGCAACGUAACCAAACACAAGAGCGAGAAUCUGGGCUUUGUUAGGAUUUGGUCUCAGGUGGAAACGGCCCAGUUCAAGAUGCGCAGUAAUGGGCUGAUGCUGGAUGAAGAAAUGCACCGGUCCCUCAAGGACCUCCCAGAGGAGUACGACGUCACCACGUACUUCCUGUUCCUCAACAACUAUGGCACCCACUACGUCACCGAGGGUACCUUGGGAGGCACCAUGGAGUACAUUGUGGUGGUCAACAAAACGGCCAUCGGCCACUCUAGCAUAGAAGGUAAAAAAUUGGCCAGCCGCUUUGGCGGUUCCUUUGGCGUGGAUAUCCCGGUGGCUGAGGGAGUGUCGGUUGGUUUGAAGAUUGGCGGAGAGGUCGGCAGUGCAUCAGCAAACCCGCGACAAGUUAAGGGUGCAGCCUCGAGUGAGAUCAACGACAUCAUUGCACGGGUAAAAGGCGGUGUCCCUGAAACAAAGGCCGACCUGCUGAAGAUCAACGACCCAGAGAUUUUCAGGAAAUGGGGGGCAAGUCUCCAGUACAGUCCGGCACUCAUCGAGUAUGAGACCAUGCCCAUCUACGAGCUGGUCCGCCUCAGCACGGCUGCCCACUACUUGGGCAAGAAGGUGGUGCACCUGCGGCGGGCCUGGGACGAGUACCAGCUCCAUUUCAGCGCCUGCCGCUGUGCCCCCUGUCGACACAACGGGGUCCCCGCCCUGCAGGGAACCUCCUGCAGCUGCAUCUGCCGGGAGGGCUACCGGGGGGUCGCCUGUGAGGUGACGGAGAGGGCCGACAGGAGAACAGACGGCCAAUGGUCCUGCUGGGGGGUCUGGUCUGGGUGCCAGGCGGGGAGAAAGACCCGAACAAGGAGCUGUGAUAAUCCAGCCCCAGAUGGGGGCGGAGCCAACUGCUUGGGCUCCGCCUCUCAGAGCCAGCGGUGUUGACAUGUUGACUCUGUUGAAUGUUUCUCUUUAAGGUGCAAUGGAAUACAGGUGAUGGGGCAAUAUUAAACUGGUGCCAACUGCA